AUGGCCCCUAGCACGGCUGAGUACCUCAUGCAUUUACUCAUACCAUUACCGUUCAUAGGCUUGAGCGUGCUCUACUUCAUCCUGACCUUCGUCCUCAACCCGCUCCUUCCCCUAACCAACUUUUCAUCCUACAAAGAAAAAACAUUUGCUCGCUUCUGGCUCGCAUUCGGGCCGGCGCUCUCCGCCCACGUCCCUGCCGCUCUUCCGCGUCUACUGGCUCAGUCUCGCGGGAUUGUUCUCGACAUCGGCCCCGGCUCCGGCGAACAGCUUCACCACUUUUCGCGUCCCGAAAACAUCACUGCGAUUUACGGCGUCGAGCCGGGGGUGUCUUUGCACGAAAGGCUCCGGGCCGCGGCAGAAAAGGUAGGACUUGGUAGGAAGUACCAUGUCCUCGGCGCCACUGCGGAUUUGGAGUCAAUUGUACCGUGUCUUGUCAAGCAAGGGCUAAUCAAGCCGAAGCAGACUUCAGAGGGCGAUCUGGAGUUGUUUGACGAAAUCACGUGCAUACGGGUCUUGUGCGGAGUGCCGAAUCAACCUGGCACAAUCGCGGAUUUGUAUUCCCUGCUUAAACCAGGUGGCCGGUUCGUGAUGUGCGAGCACGUACGGAAUAAAACGGAUACCUUAGCGGGGAUCGCGCAAAAGCUGUACAUGAUACUUGGAUGGGGAGCGUUGAUGGGAGGGUGCGAUAUGAUGAGGGACACGUUAAGCGAGUUGACGAAGGUGGCGAAGGAAAAGGAUGGCGGGUGGGAGAAAAUCGAGGUCGAGGAAGUGGAUGACUUUAGUCCAUCGGUUCAUGUCGUUGGUGUGCUGACGAAGAAGAGGAAAUAG